CGCACGGCAAGCAGAAUUAAAUUCCUUCACAGUCAUCCUCAUAUUUUCGUAAAAGCUUUUUUCAAAAAUGAAGACAACUUCUUUCAUCAUUUUGCUUAGUGCUGUUGCGAUAACAAGAUGCCAGUUCGUCUACAACUAUGAAGAGGAUCAAAGAGAAGAGCCUGCAAAUUCUCAAGUAAAUGAAGCAUCAUUAUAUCAAUACAACCCACCGUCAGCAGUUAACGAACAAUAUCUACCCCCAGCUAGAAGUACCGAAUUAGCCACACAAUCUGUCGUUCGGUUCUCAGAGCCAAAAAAUUCUUCCAGACAACGUCAAAGUCGGUCUCGAUCGAGCACUGUGACUGAACGUCAACCUGAAUCUUCAGUGCCUCCGCCUGAACCCUCAGAAUCAGACGAACAAAGAAUACGACAGGAAAGACGCCAAAAUCGAAGAAGACAAAGGCAAAAUCUCCGGAAUUUUGUCGAGAGUAGUCCGGCUCCGAAGAUAUAUUCCCCUUCCGCAUUUGAAAAAAUUGGUCUUGGAGAAGCUCCAAGCGGUGUGUAUGUACCCCAUGAUUCUCCUUUAAACAGCCUGAGGGCAUCUUCCCACAGAAAUAACGCGCCAUUUCACGUUCCUGCUCCAGAAAUCCCUCUUUCCACGAGAAACUACAUUGAACCAUCCGUUGCAUACCAAAAUAAUGAAUUGAGAGAAAAUUACUUCGUACAACCCCCGUCAAGUAACAGGAAUCCCUCUCAACCAAGUGUACAGUAUGUUGCACCUCUAGCUAUGGAUAACAGACAUCAAAAUGUAGCAAAUUUGCAAAUGCCUCGACAAGCUGCAAGUACUUCACAACAGCGUCCACAAGGAUCCAGCGCUCAACAUGUAUUUUCUUCUCAACCAACAGUGGAUGUAAGUUCUUACAGAGGGUUCGUCAACAAUGUCCCUAGAGAAAAUGUAGAGCCAGAGCCAUCGAAAGAAGUUAUCAGACAGGCUCGUCCGGAAAUUGCAGUAGUGCAACCGCGACAGAUGCCUGUUCAAAAUCCACGAAAUCAAGUUUCACUGGUGGACUAUUAUCAAAGCCCAACUAGGCCUCGUGUUUAUUCCCCCUCUAUAUUUGAAAAUGUAGCUCUUGGGGAAGCCCCAAAUGGCGUACAUGUUCCUCAAGACUCUUUGUUGAAUUUGUUGAAGGAUCCAUCUCAGAGAAGCCGUGCUUCGCUUCCAGAACCUCAACAAGAUUAUUACAGACAGCAACCAAAAGACAACGCAGAGGGACAAUCCCAGUACGAUUUGCCACUACCAGCUGAUGAUGUAAUGUCUCCACCUAGGAGACAAUCCGUAAAUAGAAAUCGACAAAUGAGAGUUCCUACUUCAUCCAAUCAGUCUCAAAGACCUUCCUACAAAGUGGAUAAUUCCGAUGAAUUUGAACACUCCUUUGAUGUACCUAGACGAUCUUCAGGCGAGGGGAGAAAUUCAAAUAGGAGACGAGUGAAUGUAUCAGUUCGAGAACAUCGAAUGGAAUCACCUCAGAGAUCUGAACAAGAAAGACCAACUCGAAGAUCUCAGAAUGGAAGACCACUUCAAAGGUCUCAACAAGAAAGGCCACCUCAAAGAACAUCAUCUCAGGGCACCUCAUCUAGUCGAAAGCAAUCUUCCUUCAAACCAGCCAAACUAGCCGUAGCAGAACUCCCACCCGAUACAGAUGGUGAUGAAAUACCAGGAGAAGCUGGAACUGAUUACCCUACAUUGCAUACCAUACCAAAGACGACAUUUUCUUGUUCUCAGCAGGAUCACAAUGGAUAUUACGCUGAUCUAGAAACUUCUUGCCAAGUCAUGCAUUUGUGUCAGUCAGGCGGUGUUCAGAACAGUUUUCUAUGCCCUAAUGGAACUAUUUUUAGUCAAGAAAAGUUUUCAUGCCAAUGGUGGUAUAAAGUCAACUGUGCUGAUUCUCCUCGAUUCUACGCCAUCAACGAUAAUUUAUAUAAAGUUCCAGAGAAAAAAGACCGAAAAAAAGAUUAAGCAGUUCUUGACUUCAAAAACUUUUUCAACAUAGUGAAGAAGAAGGAAAAACUGUUCGUGAAGACAGAAUGUUUAAAGCAUUAUCCCAAGAAAAGCAAUAAAUUAAUAUCAGUUUCUAUCAACAACUCAGUAAACUGUGAAUCAUUUUCUUCUAAAUAAUGCAUAAUUAUCAUAAUAAAAACCUUUUUUUGUAAA